UAAAAAUAACCCGUACGGCACAUGGUUCAAAAUCCAGUUUUCCAAUUAGACAAAUAGCCGUGCUGAAAGUGAAACUCAGUUGAUACACGACUCCUACAACACUCUGACACAGUAUCAGUGAGUGCAACAGCAAGCUCUCAGCUUAACCGCAACCGUAAUGAGUCGCCCCCCGGAGAUUCUUUGGGCUCAACGCUCUGAUAAGAUAUAUCUGACAGUUGCUUUACCUGAUGCCAAAGAUAUCUUAGUGAAGUGUGAACCAGAGGGCCUCUUUAAGUUUUCAGCUUCUGGGCCACAAGGAGAAAAAUAUGAAUGUAUGCUGGAACUAUUCGGAGCAAUAUUGCCUGAGGGGUGUAAAACUAAAACAGGGUGGAGGAACGUAUUGUGCUCAUUACAGAAAGAGCAGAAAGGCUGGUGGAAAAGGCUUCUAAAAUCUGAAGAAAAAUCUGCUCCUUACCUAAAAGUUGAUUGGAAUAAAUGGUGUGAUGAAGAUGAUGAAGAGUCAGAUUCUGACUUGGCUUAUGAUGAUACUGCGUGUAAUGAUGAAGAGAGCAGUGAUGAUGAUGGAUUACUCUAUCUUCCUGACUUGGAGAAAGCUCGCGGAAAGUGAACUGCUAGAUAUUGACAAUCUGCUGGAAAACAAUCGGUCACAUGAACUACUACUACUUUCUACUCGUUUUCUCUUAUCUAGACUAUAGAUGCAUCAUCUAACCUUAGGUAGGAACAAAGUGUUAAGCUUCUUUUAGCGCUAGUAGAAUUCUCUGUAAAUUGACCUAGAAAACUUGAUGUUUGGAAAUUUGGUAAGGAAAGAGGCAGUUUCUUCAAAUUUCAUGA